CUAGAGCAAAAUGAAAACCUCUCCUACAAGAUUUAACCAGUGCUCUGCUGGACACUGAUAGAAGUCACAAGACUGCUCUAACUGCUGAUGAGAAAAGGUAUUUACCCAUUUAUAUUUACUAAAACAAUUGCAUUUUCAUGUUCUGUGUACUGUGGGAGACCAAAUAUAGUGAAUGCGGGGUCUGGGGAGAGCAGAUAUAGUGAAUGCGGGGUCCGGGGAGAGCAGAUAUAGUGAAUGCGGGGUCCGGGGAGACCAGAUAUAGUGAGUGCAGGGUGCGGGGAGACCAGAUAUAGUGAGUGCAGGGU